GUACAUUAAUAUUUCAUUAACGAUUUUUCAGUUUUUUGGUAUUAAAAAUAUUUAACUUUUAUUUGGUACGAGAAGAGGUCAUGCAGUGAUAGAGUAGAAAAAUGUAGUAUUAGAGUAUAAUCAAAACGUUUUAUGGUAAAGUUGCUGUUAGACGUUGUCUAAAGCAAUAUUGGAAUAUCUACCUGACAUCCAAAACUUUGCGUGUAUUCUUGAUUUCUUUUAUAAUAUUUGACACGCGGUUUUUAAGAUGAAAAAAGUCUUGCGGGCAAAUUGCUAAAAUUGCCCAAUUAUAACUAGAAAAACCUUGAUUCUGAUGAAGGAGAUCAUCUAUAGGCAAAAAAUAAUCUCAGGAAACGAAAAGCACGCUAUUCCUCUUGUUUUGGCGUCAUUUUUACCAUUUCAUCUUGUUCACCUUAACACUCUAUUUCAAAUCCAUCAUGGCUUAUCGUUUAUUUCGAAUUGUGAUAAUUUUAUUUUGUUUGUGGAGAACCACUAAACAGUUACCAAUAUCGGAUAAAUUGGAUUUUGAAGAUAAUAAAACGUCUACUACAGAAAACAGUCCGAAUGGUACAGAAUACAGUUUUACUUGUGGCGAGAGGGGUUGUAAUGUGACUAAUAGCUCCGAUUCUAUACAGACGGAGGUCUUAGUUCAUGUGAAAACAAAAGUAAGCUUCAAUAAAACCAAUCAUUCACUAAAAAAUGCGUCUGAGGUACCCAUUUAUGUUGGUUAUAGAGGGUCAGAUUUAGAUGUUACAGGUGACGAUAGAUCCUUUAGGAAUUCCCCAAAUCUAAUAGGAAAUAGUGGAAAUGAAAAUCAUUAUUUUUCCAAUCUUUAUCGUCCACCCUCAAGGCCUUUGAACUACAACUAUAUACCACCUGGGUCGUUUGAUAGAAGCCAUGGCCAAUUUUUGGGACAUAAUUAUCUACCUCAAGGAGCUUUUGACAGAAAUAGCGACAAUAAUUUGAACCAGAAUUACCAUCUUUCCCACAGUACAUUUAACAGAUACAAUGACAAUUUGAACCAUAACUAUCAAAACAUUUUCAGCAGAAAUAAUGACAAUAUUUUGAAUCGGGAUUAUGGACAACAAAGACCAAUUAGUCAGAGCUAUGGAGAUGUAUUGGAACAACCAUUUCCACAUUUUGAUCAUACAUACCACAGGCAUAAUUUUGGUGAAGCUCCACCACCACAUUCUCUGUUGUAUCCUAGGAUACCUACGCCUAAUCCUGUAGCUUUUAGAGGCAUAUCUAGAAACGAGUGGAAACCGGUAUAUAGACCUAAUAAGUAUGACUAUAGUACCCAUUUGACUCCCCAUGAUAGUUCCAAAUGUACUUGUGAAGAUAGAUCAACACUGUCCCAAUCUAGAUCUUUUAUUGACGAUAAACUUGCUCCAUUGCAAUAAACUAUGUUGAAUACUUGAAACUAUUAAGUAAAUAAACUGUGAAAUAUUUAAGGUAUAAAAUAACAGACAGGUAGUUAUAGAACAAGUAAAUAUUUUGAUUAAAACCUAUAUUUUUGUG